GGGGCGGGGCGUUGCUGUGCCGCGGCGGGCAGCGCCGGGCUCGCAGUGGCCGCCGGCCCCGCGGCUGCCUUUGCCUUCCCUGGCCGCCCUUCCCUCCUGGUGCCGCUGUCCUCACCGUGCCCCCUUUGCCCUUAGUGCCGCUAACCCCCCCCGUGCCGCCAUGCCGGGCCCACCCUGCGGGUCCCUGCUGGACUACAAGACUGCCAAGUUCUCGCUGACGCGGAACCGGCGGGUGGGGCUGCUGCACCGGCUGCUGCAGCUGGGCGCGCUUGGCUACCUGCUGGGGUGGGUGCUGCUGCUGCGCAAGGGGUACCAGGAGCGCGACACAGCCCCGCGUGUCGCCGUGGUCACGAAGGUGAAGGGGGCGGCGGUCGCCGAGGCCGCGGGCCGGCGGCUCUGGGACGCUGCGGAUCUCACCUGGCCCCCGCAGGGAGAAAAUGUGCUUUUCCUGGUGACCCAUUUCAUCGCCACAAUCCAGCAAGCCCAAGGCACCUGUCCCGAGAGCCCCUCUGUCCUCGACGGGAUGUGCACAGAAGAUGCAGAUUGUCCCAUGGGAAACCCUGUGGUUCAUGGCAAUGGGAUAAAAACUGGGAAAUGUCUGAUGUUCAAUGCCACCCAUUCCACCUGUGAGAUCUAUGGCUGGUGUCCUGUGGAGAAUAGCACCCUUCCCAGGAAACCUCUUCUGGCUGAGGCAGAGAAUUUCACUCUUUUUAUAAAAAAUACUGUCCACUUCACCAAAUUUAACUUCUCCAAGUGCAACACCUUACAAACCAGUGACCCCAGCUAUUUCAAGAGCUGCACAUAUGAUCCAGUCUUCAACCCCUCCUGCCCUGUGUUCCGUGUCCGUGACAUGGUGGAGGCAGCUGGAGAGAACUUUGGAGACCUCGCACUACUGGGGGGAAGUAUCAGAGUUCUUAUCGAGUGGAACUGCGACCUGGACCACCCCGCUACCCAGUGCCAACCACAGUACUCCUUCAGCCUGCAGGACAUGAGGUACAAUUUCAGAACUGCCUCCUACUACUGGGGCUCGCAGCAGCAGCUCUACCGGAACCUGCUGAAGCUCUACGGGAUCCGCUUCGACCUCUCCGUGCAUGGCCAGGCUGGGAAGUUCAGCAUUGUUCCUACUGCCGUGAGCUUUGGCACCAGCAUCGCCUUCUUUGGUGCCGCUACAAUGAUCUGUGACCUGGUUCUGCUCUACCUGGAUGCAAAGGCUGACCUUUAUUGGAAGGAGAAGUUUGAGGAGGUUUAUGUGCCAAACAUUAUUCCAUUGUGGGAAUUCACUGCCCUGGUGAAUCAGGGAGUCACAGGGAGUCCCCUGCAGACCAGGAGAGCUGGCAGUCCUGCCUCAGGUCAUUUCCAGCUUUGUCUGUCAAGUCUUUGGAGCCUCUGAGGACUGAGAUUCCCCAUCUCCUGGUGAACUGUCCCAAAGCUGCACCAUUCUGUUGGGGGGUAAACUUUCCUAAUGCCUGAUGUUGAAUCCAGAGUGGGCAUGGAACCAAGCAGAGUAGCUGAGGGCCACCUGGGCUGCCUCCAUGCCUGUUGUAUCCUGAUGUCCCUGUUCAUUUUGCAGGCAAGACCCCCUAAAGGUAAGCCUGAGGCCACAGCUUAGGGACAUCGGGAAUGCUCCACCACAAACUGCCUUCCCCCCAGAGCCACCUGCAGGUAGAUAUGAUGGGGACCCGGCUGCAGCCCUGGUAGAGGUGGGCCAGGCCUGGCCCAGGUGGGCACUGCUGGGGUUAGGGUCUGCCUUUCCUGGAGAAGCGCUGGUAGCAGCAGUUCUUGGCUCCUGGAGCACAAAGCCAUCCCAGGGGCAGCUCCCAGCGCUGACAGCCGGAGCAGAGCUGCCCCUGGAGCCACCCCAGAGUGUGCUGGGGAACAGCUGGUCCUGCUUGGCACAAGAGCCUUAAAGCAUUUGCAUUUCUCCACGUUCCAAUGAUUAUGGACCUUGAUUUCCCUUGAAAAACAGGGAUGCAAUGGAAUAAAGCUGUUCUGGAAGUGGGAGGAGGUUUUACUCUGUCUCUAGCCCUCGAGGAACUGUAAAGUUGUGGAGUGCUGCUCUUGCACCUCAUGGCACCCAUGCAUGCUUCCAGCUGGGAUGGCUUCGUGUGGGCCACCUGGAUUCUCAGAAGCUCUCUGGGAAGCUCAGGGAGGGUUUAGGAGCCAAGUUUAAAGUUCCAGCUGUGGGCUGGUACUUCCUAGGCGUGUGCAGUGGCUCCUGCACCCUGAUUCCUGCUUCCUGCCAGGGCUGAUGCUCAGCAAGGACAGGCACAGCCCUGGGGUGAGCCAGAAUGUUUCAGAGGUGCUGACCCCUCACUCCCACCUCUCCUAGGCUGUGUUAGCUUGUGCAAGGCAGGGAUCAGCUGGGAUGUGCCUGGGUGCUGUUCUGGGGUCUCCACAAAGCUCAGAAACAGUGUCUGUGGGUUCAAGCACUGUUUAAUGCUCCUUGCCAGGACCAGCUGUGUGGGGUGGAGGGGUCAUGCAGCAUCACCCCAUCUUGGCUGCCUGUCCCCCUGUGCCCCCAGGCUCCAGCCGGCCCCUCCCACCCUCCUGGAACUGCCGCAGGUAAAACUGUGCUGCCAGCUGCUUGGUCAUGGUCCUCAGCACCAGGAAGGCAGCCACGAUCUCGAGGAGGAGGAAGACCAGGAACAGGCUGUGCAUGGGCAC